AUGGCGCUCCUAGCUUGUUUUGCUGUAUUCUUCUUGUUAACGGCAGCUCCUGGUGCAGUCGGUCAAAAAGGGUUCCUAAGUAUCGACUGCGGCCUGGAUGCCAAUUCCAACGGCUACAACGACACCAAUGGCGUCUUCUACGUCCCCGACGGCUCAUUCGUCGACGGCGGUGAGAACCACGUGGUGGCUGCCGAUCAGGAGGGCAAGCUCGACCGUCCUUACCGGACGCUCAGGAGCUUCCCCUCCGGGGACCGGAACUGCUACGCGCUCCCUACCGUCGCCGGGGCCAAAUACCUGCUCCGGGUGGUCUUCUUCUACGGCAACUACGACGGCAAGGACAGCUCGUCGACGUUGCAGUUCGACCUGUACAUCGGCGUGGACCGCUGGGCCACAGUGAAAGCCGACGGCAAGCACUGGUACGAGGCGCUGUUCAUGGCGUGGGCGAGCUGGGCGCCGGUGUGCCUCGUGAAAACCGACCCGCACAACACGCCGUUCGUGUCCUCGGUGGAGCUGAGGACGAUGGGCAGCGGGAUCUACGCGGACCUCAAGGUCAACGAGUCCAUGUCCUUGGUUGUUCGAGGCAACACGGGCUCAAGCAAUUCAGUUAUUCGGUACAGCGAUGAUCCAUAUGAUCGAUACUGGUGGCCAGUGCAGUCUGGCCCUUUGUGGAAGAACAUCUCUACAGUGUCACCCAUCAAACUGGAUCCCAACUGGCCUGUACCCUUGUCUGUUAUGCAGACUGCCAUCGAGGCAGUUAGCAAUAACACUAAGUUUAUCAGCAAAUGGCAAGACCUAGAGUCAGACGAGUAUAGGGUGUACCUGCACUUUGCCGACUUCCAGAACACCGAGAUAAGGCAGUUGAAUGUCACCAUCAAUGAACUAGAACCAUUCCUGUUCAUCCCACCAUACCUAGCCCACACUGUCGCGAGAAACGUUGGUUGGUACAAGUCCAAAACUACCAUAUACAGCAUCACUGUUGGGGCCACCACUGCGUCCAAGUUGCCAGUGAUGAUCAACGCCUUUGAGUUCUACACUCGCAUCCCCAAUGUCAAUCCUAAGACAUUGCCACGAGAUUUUGAUGCUAUCAUGGCAAUUAAAUUCGAGUAUGGCAUAAAGAAGAACUGGAUGGGUGAUCCUUGUUUCCCUACCGCACUUGUUUGGGAAGGUGUGGGAUGCAGUAAUACAAGUGGUAACACCAUGACUAUAAUAUCUUUGGAUCUCUCCCACAGCAACUUGCAUGGGCCCAUAUCUAAUAACUUUACAUUGCUCACAGCACUCCAAUCUUUGAAUUUGUUAGGAAAUCAACUAAGCGGACCAAUCCCUGAUGGCCUCUGUAAUAAGCAAUCAUUAAUUUUCAGGUUUGGGCUUGAAUCUAACGGAAAUUCGUGCAUUGUACAAAGCCCGCCAGAGAAGAAUGGAAAUAGAGCUGUCAUAGCGAUUUGGGUUGUGGUUCCUGUGACAACAAUUGGUGCUCUUAUUCUUAUAUAUUUGAUCUGGAGACAUAAAACAAAGGCGAACGUUUUUUCAGCUGAUCCUCCUAGAGAUGUAGAGAUUGAUAUUGCCCCAGGAAGUAGAAAAGAUAAUGCGGAUGCUCUACAAAAAGUUGAGAAUCGCCAAUUUACAUACAAGGAGCUUGAGAAGUUUACUAACAAGUUUUCUCAAUUCAUUGGACAAGGAGGUUUUGGACUUGUGUACUAUGGUCGGUUAGAAGAUGGUAUGGAGGUUGCUGUCAAGGUGCGUUCUGAAUCAUCAUCCCAUGGGCUUGAUGAAUUUUUUGCAGAGGUUCAAAGCUUGACAAAGGUGCAUCAUAGAAAUCUAGUUUCUUUGGUUGGUUACUGCAGGGAGAACAAUCAUUUAGCAUUGGUUUAUGAGUACAUGGCUCGUGGCAGCCUCUAUGAUCAUUUGAGAGGUAAUAAUGAUGUCCGUGAAACUCUCAAUUGGAGAACACGUCUUCGAGUUGUGAUUGAAGUUGCACAAGGGAUAGAUUAUCUGCACAAAGGUUGCAGUCUACCAAUAAUUCAUCGAGAUGUGAAGACCCAGAACAUUCUAUUGGGUCAAAAAUUGCAAGCUAAAAUAGCAGAUUUUGGACUCUGCAAGACUUAUCUUAGCGACACACAAACUCACAUAUCAGUCACUCCAGCUGGGUCAGCGGGUUACAUAGACCCUGAGUAUUAUCACACUGGGCGGCUCACUGAGAGCAGUGAUGUUUAUAGCUUUGGCGUUGUUCUCCUGGAGAUAGUUACUGGUGAGUCUCCCAUAUUACCGGGACAAGGCCAUAUCAUUCAACUUGUGAAAAAGAAGAUUGCUGAGGGUAACAUCGGCUUGAUCGCUGAUGCGCGGCUUAGAGGUUCCUACGAUGUUAGCUCAAUGUGGAAGGUGGUGGACAUUGCAUUAUUGUGCACCGCUGAUAUUUGUGCUCAACGUCCAACGAUGGCUGUUGUUAUUAUGCAACUAAAGGAGAGCCUUGCUUUGGAGGAUGCUCGUUUGGAUAGCGGAUUUAGGGGAAGUAUAAGCACAGUGGAUGAAACCACUUUCUCGACAACCACAUUGUCUCCAUCGGCAAGAUGA